AUGUCAGGGGCGCCGCCGGACAGGCCCGGGUCAUCGGGCAGGUCCGAUGACAAGUCCAAAGAGAGGGCACUCGAGAAGACGACCGAGAGGUCCACAGAGAGGUCAGCGGGCCUGCAACACCACCAUCACCACCACAGGAGGCACAGCCAGAGCCAAGAGAGGUCGUCUCCCGGAAAGUCGUCGUCCAGGUCCUCGCCGUCGAGAACCAGACGAGGCCGCGAUGGCCCUCCCCUCGGAGCGGUGGCAUCCAGCGACCCGUACGAUGUUGCCUACGAAGAGGACAUGGACUCCGAUGUGGACAGCUUGGAAGGCCAGAGGGGCAUCUUUACUCACCUGCUGUCGCAAGUCUACAUUGGCAUGGACCUAACCAAGGUCACCUUGCCCACUUUCAUUCUGGAAAAGCGCUCCCUGCUUGAAAUGUACGCCGACUUCUUCGCCCACCCUGAGCUGUUUGUCAGCAUCGUGGACCGGGGCAACGCCAAAGAACGCAUGGUGGAAGUAGUGCGGUGGUACCUGUCCGCCUUCCAUGCCGGACGAAAAGGAGACUUGGCCAAGAAGCCGUACAAUCCGGUCUUGGGUGAGAUCUUCCGAUGCUACUGGAGGAUUGGCGACAAAGCAGGGGUCAGUGAUCCCGUGCCCGACGGACCUGUGCCCUGGGCUACCACGAACGACUUGUGCUUCAUCGCCGAGCAGGUGUCCCACCACCCGCCCGUGUCGGCCUUCUACGCGGAGCAUGCGGGCAAGGGCAUCUGCUGCUGCGCGCACAUUUGGACCAAAUCCAAGUUCCUGGGCAUGUCCAUCGGGGUGCACAACGUCGGCCUGGGCACCAUCUGGUUCUUGCGUCACGACGAGGAGUACACGGUGAACUUCCCCAGCGGCUACGGACGCUCCAUUUUCACCGUGCCUUGGAUCGAGCUGGGAGGCACCGUCAACAUCAAUUGCGAGAAGACCGGCUACAGCUGCACCAUUGAAUUCCUCACCAAGCCGUUGAUCGGAGGCAAGAAGCACCAGCUGACGGCAGAGAUCUACCCUCCCAACGACAAGCGGCCUUUCCUCACGGUCUCUGGCGAGUGGAACGGCGUCAUGACGGCAAAGAACAUUCACGGGACUGAGGUGACCUUCGUCGACACGACAACCAUGCCGAUCACGAGAAAGAUUGUCCAGCCGGUAAAAGAUCAAAUGCCUCACGAGUCUCGCAGGAUGUGGAAGGACGUGACGCUUAACUUGAAGCGUAAGGACGUGGACAAAGCCACGGAGUUCAAGUCGCAGAUAGAAGACCGGCAGCGCAAAGAAGCGGCCGCGCGGAAGGAGGCCAACGGCAAGUGGGAGACCAGGGUAUUCGAGCCAGAAGGGGAAGGCUGGACGUACAAGUACCCUCUGCAGAAGCGCUUAGGGUUAAAGAGGAGGGGCCCUAGAGAAACGACUUCCUCUACACCAUCGUCGUCGACAAAAUGA